AUGGCGCCCUCGAGGGCACCCGCCGCCUUGUUGCGACAGCUUCGUCAAGCUCGCCCAUCAUCUUUUCGCCCACUCCCACUCGAGCUCCUGCCAUCAUGUCGGAGAUGGCAGAGCGGCACAUCUGAUUCGAGCUCGAAAUCCGCGCCGUCCUCCUCGUCAUCACACUCCUCGUACUCCUCCGUCAACGCUUCGGAGGUCGCGCACUUCAACGCCCUCGCCUCCGAGUGGUGGGAUCCCCACGGUUCCUCUCGCAUCCUGCACCUAAUGAACCCUCUGCGCCACGACUUCAUCCGCGACUGCCGGGCAAGCAAGCCAGACCCAACAUCGACAGGCCAGAAGCUCCGCUACCUCGACGUCGGCUGCGGCGGCGGCAUCUUUGCCGAGUCUGCCGCCCGCCUGUCCACCACCGAUUCCGUGACGGCCGUCGACCCGACCCCGGAGGUCCUGAGGGUCGCGCGCCUGCACGCCGCCAAGGACCCGUCGCUGGCCCCUAAACUGAACUACGUCAGUGGCGCCAUCGAGACGCUGCCCCUGCCGGCUACCGACGAGGGGAAAUACGACGUGGUCAGCCUGUUCGAGGUCGUCGAGCACGUUGACAAGCCGUCGGCUUUCCUGGAGCGGUGCGGCGAGUUCGUGCGUCCAGGCGGCUGGCUGGUCCUAAGCACGAUCGCGCGCACGUGGACGAGCUGGUUCACCACGAAUUUCAUGGCAGAGGAUGUGCUGGGGAUCGUGCCAAAGGGGACGCACAGCUGGGACAAGUACAUCAACGAAGAGGAGCUGAGGAAUUACUUUGCCAGGAAGCAAGGGUGGAGUCACCCGAGGGUGAUGGGUGUUGUGUACGUGCCUGGGCUGGGCUGGAAGGAGGUCGCUGGCAGCGAGAAGGUCGGGAACUACUUCUUCGCUGUGAGGAAGGAUCUUUAA